AAUUGUUAAAACUCGGGACGCGCUUGACAUAGGGGGCAUACCUCUCGGAGACUUCUGGACCGCAACUUUGACACGCAGAGAGAAAUGUUCUGCACAGGGAUUUCAAUAGGCUACCUUUCUGAAGUUUGUGGACAAUACAACUGUAUUAAAGGGAUUUGAGCCUCAUAGACACGUCGAUAAAGUGGAUAAGAAAUAGCACUGUUUUGAGCACAUUUCGGGACUACAUUUUGCCGGAUUACACAAGGACUCCACCACUAUGGCGCCCUUCCUCCCCCUCCUCCUCCUCCUCUCCUCCUCUUCCUCUGUCCUCUCCAGUGACUGUCCAGAGGAUUGCUCUUGUCAGGCCCAGGGUUCCAUCUUCUGCAUCCAGCGUCGUUCCACCGUCGUCCCCCGCGGCCUCCCUUCCUCUGUGAAACAUCUCUACGUCUUCCAGAACGGCAUCAACACUUUAGCCCAGGAAGACUUCACAGGCCUGGGGGAACUGGAGAUGCUGGACCUGUCCCAGAAUAAACUCACGGAGGUCCCGGAUGGGGUCUUUGAAACGCUAUCUUCGCUGAGGAAUCUCGAUUUGUCCGCAAACUACAUUACCCACAUCGCCAAGGAUAGCUUCUCCGGAUUGGUGCAACUCGAGAGGCUGUAUCUCCACGGCAACCUCAUCAAGAGCAUCCAAUCGGAGGCCUUCGAAGUUCUGGAGGAUCUUCUGGAACUGAAGCUCCAGGGGAACCAGUUGACCGGUCUCCCAAUGCUCCGUCUCCCCAGCCUUCUCCUCCUUGAUCUCAGCUUCAACUCUCUCCCGACGCUGGGUCCCCAAGACCUCCAGACCCCCCACCUCGAGUCGCUCAAAGUGGCUGCGUUGGGGCUCACCACCCUGGACUCAGAUCUGAUGGCCUCCCUGGGGAACCUCCAUGACCUUGAUGUGUCCCAGAACCAGCUGGAGGGGAUGCCUGAAGCAUUGAAGGCCACCCGGGGGCUUAUCAAGCUCAGCCUGGCUGCCAACCCCAUUGGGGAGCUCCGGAACGAGGACUUCCAGAGUCUGGUGGGUCUCCAGGAGCUGGAUCUCAGUGGGCUGAACCUCCAGGGCUUGCCCCAGGGUUUCUUCCAGCUCUUCCCCAGGCUGGGGCACCUCACGGCGGCCGAGAAUCCCUUCAACUGUCUCUGUCCUCUGGCCUGGUUCCCUGGCUGGCUGAAAGAGAAGAAUGUGGAUCUGGGACGCACAGAGGAGACAAGGUGCCACUUCCCACCAGUGAAUGCUGGCAAGGUGCUGGCGGCGCUGGACCAUCAAGAUUUCGGCUGUCCACCUACGACCACUGUCAUGACGAAUGCCCUAGGGGAGGGGAGUACUUCCGCACCCCCCAUUCCGACUACAUCCCCUGGAAACACACAUACCAACGCCAUCCCCCCACCUCCGCCAUUCCCUAGUGAUGAACCAUCCUCAACGGAGACAGACAUUGAGAGUCGUCCCCCUCCUCCAGCUUCUCCGACUACCGCUUUCAGGGAUGAGGGCCACAUCUGCCCGCCGAACAUCUGCCUCAAUGGGGGUACGUGCCGCUUCGAUCCUCUGGGACAGCUUGGAUGUCUCUGUCCCCGCGGAACUAUGGGCUUGUACUGCGAGAACCUGGAGUCGUCUAAACACAACCAGCCACCUCUCCAAACCUCCGCCCCCGAGGUUAUGGCAUCCAUGGUCGCCCCCAUUGUAACCUCUGAUCCCAAUGACAUCAGUUCCCGUCAGGUGACCUCCACGUCCAUCCUCCUCGACCUGCACCGUUUCCUCGAGACGAGGCCACACAUCCGCGGGAUUAAGCUGACCUACCGGAACCUCUCAGGGCCCGACCGGCGCCCCAUGUCCCUCAGCGUCCCCGCCUCGUACCCAGAAUACACCCUCCGAGGGCUCCGGCCCAACUGUACCUACUCGGUGUGCGCCAGCCCCCUGGCAGAGAGGGUGAACGGGGGUGGAGGCGGUGGAGGUAGCCCUACCGAGGGAGGGUCUUGUAUGGAGGCUCGUACCGAGGGAGGUCCCCAAGCUUCGUCCUUGGAGCCCCAGGUGGAUGAUCAGAGCCAGCUCACCUACACCCUCAUCCCAGCCUUGGCUGCUCUCGCCCUGGUCACGGGGGUGGCGGUGGUGGCCAUCCUGGUUCUUUUCCUCCGGAGGAGACGGGCUCACAUGGCGCUGGAAGGGGGUGAGAUGGGACCAAUGGAACUGGAGGGCCUUAAGGCUUGUCUGGAGAACGGCGUGGGGAACGGGGGCACCCUACCCCACAAGGGAGCGGAUAUCGCCCCCUGUCACACCUCCAUCCCGACCCAGCCACAAAAUGGCGGAUCGUCACAUCCCCUUCCACAAAAUGGUGGUUUAGAAUAUGAGGCCCCCCUCAUGAAGGGACAGGGGCACUGUCCAUCGAAUAAUAAUGUGGCAUCCUUGAAGCCAUCGUAUUUCUAGAAACUCAGUCUGUUGUCUUCAUGGAUUUCUUAAUAUUUCUCAAUGAGACUCAAUGUACUCAAUGACAUUCAGAGCUAUGGAAUGGAACAGAAGUAACUACCCCUGUAGAGGGUAACGCUACGCCCCGUUAUCUCUAAGUGGAUGGGAGGACUCUACCAUUAUGAGGCAGUGAAAGGGGGGUGUUUUAGCUCAUCCAGCAGAGUUCAAGUUGAUAGAAAUGUAACAAGUAUUUAAACCUAAAGUGCAAUCGCCAUGCCAAAAAGGGUCUUAUAAUCGGACUGAAAACGGAAGUGCCUUCUUGCAUUGACAUGAUAUGCUGUAAUAAUGAUGCUUUUAUUUUUGAAAUGUUGAUGUUUUGAAAAGAGCUGCAUUGAAUGAGUUUGCAAUCCUUUUGCUGGAUCAGGAGAUUGGGAGAGCAGGGUUUGUGGAGGUAUGGGGAAGGCACAGAGUCAAGGUUGGGAGGAGUAGAGGUGGGGUGCAGAGGUAGAGAUAGAGACACAGGUGUGUGUGUGCUAUGUAAACUGUUCAGCACUUCCGGAAAUGAACGAGGCACCCCUCCCCACCUGCCCCCUGGGAUAACUUGCACUGAAAAGAAGAGAAUCUCUCUGCAACAGGGUGAAAUGCUGAUUCUGUAGAGAUGGUACCACGGAUAGAAUACGGUUUUAGACGACAUUACCACCAGUCAGAUUUCCCUUCAUCCUGCUACCCCCCCCCCCCCCCCCCCCCUUACAGUUGGUGC